AUGAGUAACUUUAGUGAUGGCGUCGGAGGAGAGAGCGCCGCCUCGCACCUCGGGACCGGGGGCAAUGGGAAUGUGCCUCUCUCUGUGGGAAGAAUAACGGCUUUCUGUGAUCUCAUCUGGAUCAGACCGGUCCCGGAGCCGAGGACACGGGUUGUGAAAAAGUUCUGGAGGUUUGGAAUGAGUGUAGCUCUGGACAGCAUUAACCUGGACAGAGGUGAGCUGUCAGGCCUCUGUGCCGUGACCCAGCCGAGGCCAGAGGUCCUCCAGGGGGAGAGGGAGGAGAGAGAGGAGAGGGAGAAGAGGGGGGAGAGGGGGGAGAGGGAGGAGAGGGAGGAGAGGGGGGAGAGGGGGCAGGUUUCUCGCCCUCGUCCCGUGUGGAGAAAGGAAAUGUGUUUUGUGGAUCUGUCUUCACUGCUGCAGCUGCGGGAACAUCGGAGUGAAGACCAACGCUCUCUAAGAGAGCCCCUGACUCCAGCCUCUGAUGGCCACGCUUCACUCCGGGCGGUGAUGGCUCUGUUUGUUUCGGGAGGCAGGGGUGAGGCGGGGGUGAGGCUCACUUAG